GAGGCUUACGAGGCACCUAGAAUUGCCGCCGGGGAGGCACAAGAAAAGGAGCGCACGGCUGGCGACGGACAUGCUCACGUACAUCGGCCAAUUCUUCGACCACGACAUCGACUUGACGCCGGGGGGCAGCGAGUCCUGGCCCAUACAGGUCCCCGAGUGCGACCUGUACUACGACCCGGAGUGCACGGGGACGGUGGAGAUAGGUUUCAAGAGGUCAGUGUACAACGCCAGCACGCCGGCCACCCAGCCUCGGCAGCAGCUCAACGGCAUCACCGCCUACAUCGACGGCAGCGUCGUCUACGGCUCGACGCCCGACAAGGCGGACAGCAUACGGUCCUUCCGCGACGGCCGCAUGCUCACGCACGACAACAACAUGCUCCCCUUCGCCACGGCCUCCAUGGGCAUAGCAAUGGCCGCAGACUCGGGGAAGGAGGAGGUGGUGCGCGCGGCGGGAGACUUCAGGGCCAACGUCAACCCACCCAUCCUCGCGCUGCAGACGCUGUUCAUGAGGGAGCACAACAGGCUGGCCGCGGAAUUUAAGUCCGAGCAUCCAGAGUGGGACGACGAACGAGUGUUCCAGGAGGCCAGAAAGUGGAACGUGGCUCAGAUGCAGGCCAUCUGCUACUAUGAGUACAUGCCGUCGCUGGGAUUCCAAUUGGAUGCCUACACAGGAUACAAACCCAAUGUGGAC